ACAGUCUGGUCGCAUCAAGGGAAAUGAAUGACGACGUGGCCCUAAACGAGAUAUACAGUAAAAUCCGUCCACGGAAGAGGAAUGUGAAGGCAGAUUCAGGGAUCCACAGUGCACCCCGAAGCUCACUGAGCAGCGAUGACUCAAUGGCGUCCCAAGGCAUCGGCUCACCAAUGAAUGACAGUUUGAUCAUAUCACGGGAAACGAAUGAUGACAUGGUCCUAAACGAGAUAUACAGUAAAAUCCGUCCAUGGAAGAAGAUUGUGAAGGCAGAUUCAGGGAUCCACAGUGCACCUCGAAGCUCACUGAGCAGCGAUGAUUCAAUGGCGUCCCAAGGCAUCGGCUCACCAAUGGAUGAGAGUCUGAUCAUAUCACAGGAAAUGAAUGACGACGUGGUCCUAAACGAGAUAUACAGUAAAAUCCGUCCAAAGAAGAGGACUGUGAAGGCAGAUUCAGGGAUCCACAGUGCACCCCGAAGCUCACUGAACAGCGACGACUCAGUGGCAUCCCAAGGCAUCGGCUCACCAAUGAAUGACAGUCUGGUCAUAUCAAGGGAAAUGAAUGACGAUGUGGUCCUAAACGAGAUAUACAGUCAAAUCCGUCCAAAGAAGAGGAGUCUAAACGCAGACAGGACUCUAGGUGAAGAAACAGAUCACUAAAUAUUCUGUUUCUGUCAUGACUGAAAAAAAAACGUAUUACCAAGAUAAGAAUCUAGUGACUUAGCUCAAAAACAUAUUAUGUUUUGUCAUCAGUUUUGUCUGAAUGAACGUUAAGGCUUUCAGCAUUCAGCUUCAUAGCCAGACAUUUUGUUUUUGGUUAUUAAAUCAGGCUGCUCACAGCUAAGUAAUGAAUAGCAAGAGCAUGUACCUAUGGUAGCCAAUGCGUUAAAGUAUCACCAUGUACUGAGAAGUGAGGAAAUUGUAUAUUAUGCUUUUGCAGCAUCAAGGGUUUUAAAGUCCUAUAUGUUUUCAGCGAACAGUAUUAAAUAACUCUUCUGCAAAUAAAUAAAUAGGCCUAAUAAAAUAAAGCUAAGAUGAUGCAAGUGCAUCAAAUAGUACAAACAA